AUGGACGGCCUUCUCACACCCAUCCGAAUAACUUCCCUCAAAACAUCAAACCCAGAGGGAGAAGCCAUAGAUCUCAAGUUAUCGUCUACCACCUUGAUCCGACCUGUAGAAGAGCUACCAUCAUCCACCGCGACUACUUCUUCCACAUCAAAAAGUAACACAAACCGCAAACCAACAUCUCCAGAAGAUGCAUUAGAAAUCUUACGUUCACAACCAUCAUUAUCUGAAUUAUCUACAACCCUUAGUUAUCUAUUAUCACAACCACAGGUCACGACUGAUACUCCUCAAAAUGAAUCGACAUCAUCAUCACCGACGUUUGAUAUUACGUCAAUAUCACCUCUUACAUCACGUAUCGUUAACGUCUUGAUCGUUGAUAAUAUCCCUUCUUUCUGGGGGUUAUUAACAUCUUCGACGUCUUCACAUAAAGCGGAUAGGAAUAAACUGCUGCAAUGUCUUCGGAGUAUAGUCGGUCUUGGUGGGGUUAUCGAACGUCUUCGGUUACUACUAAGGCAAGUUCCAACCGCUGGAAGACCGAAGAAUGUGACGGUAACGAAAAUUGAUGUUGAGAGUAUUGGGAAGAAAGAAGGUGUGGUGGCGCAGAUUAGGGAUUUAAUGGAUGUAUUGGGCUUUGUUUUAAAAGGAAAUGGGGUUCUUGGAACCUUUUGGGAAAAGUUGAAGUUUACAAGCGGUUCAGGGAAUGCGGAAGAUAGGAAAAAGGAGAUGGCAUGGAAGGAGUUUGUGGGAUUGGUUGCUGGUGGGAAGGUAUUGUCUGUGGCUGCCGAAGCUGAUAUUGCGAUAUCAGAGGCGGAUGAAGCUGUUGAAAAAAGAAGGUAUUCGUGGAUUGGGGAAGGAAAACAGUAUACGGCGUGGUUAAGGGAGAAUAUUCUAAACAUGGCGAACGGGACGGAUAUAAACGAUACCGAUGCAUGGAAGGCGACUGCAAGCAUUCUAGCCCGCGGCUUUGGGCUUGGAUAUACUGAAUCCCUCAUCGAUACCAGAUUAUACUUAAACCCAUCAACGCUAAUAAAGGACAUCUUCACUCGCACCCGCCUCCUCCUAUCCCAUCUUAAAGAACACGAAAGAGGGAUCUACAUCAAUACUCUCCUCAAGCUCCUCUCACAAAAUCACCUCCCAGUUCACUUAGAAGACAACGAGAACUACACAAAACGGGUGUCUCUCGCUGCAAAGAUAAUAGAGGAGCUGUGCAUCCUAAAUGACGGUCUUCAAAACGGAUACCAAGACAUCCUUCUCGAAUGGAUACUCGUAAACGGCGGACCUGGUUCAGGGGAACCAAUAGGUAUUAGACGGGCAAUCAUAUGCGCCCUAAAAGCAUCAACAGAGGCACCCACGAUCUUUCAAGAAGCAUUGGAAAGUCAAGUCCAGACUUUUGGUGAAAACUUAUGGAUACGUCACGCACCUAUCAUUCAUCAAGAAGUUAACGUGCAAUGCCUACUGCUAUGCGCGGGAUAUGUUCAUUCGCAGCCUCCCAGUUAUUUGAAAAUUAUAGCACGGUCAUCGUCAUUUAUGAAUGGAGUAUCGAAUCACCUGGCUAGCACGAAUACGAGAGUUAGGUUUUUAGGGAUGAUCGUGGGCGAGACUAUCUCCACGCUGGUAGAUAAAAGUGAAAGACAAUUGAAGUUCAAGGAUUCAUUGGAUGCAAGUGAUGAGGAGGCUGCAAAAUGGAGGGCACUGGUAAACAUCGACGAUAUAAUGCCUAACCUCGAUAUUUUCAAGGACAAGGCCUUUGAAGAUUCACCACCAAGGAGGCCCUCAAAGAAGCCAGCAUCGUCAAUUAAAAAGCCAGACAUCGUUGAAAUCAGCAGCAGCAGCACUCCAGGCACGACCUCGAUAUCCAACAUCCCAUCUACCCGCAUCCAGGAACUCGACUCCAGCUCCGACGACGAUUUUAUCCCCUACCCAAAACCAGAUUCCGACCCAGAAGACUCAGACGACGACGCCACUCUCGUAAACCGCAAAAAGAUCCCCCCACCGGUCUACAUCCGCGACCUCCUCUACCUCCUCACCGACCACGACUCAUUCGACAAGCAAAAAGUAGCUCUCCUCCACGCCGCCGUUCUAAUCCGCCGCAAAGCAACCUACGGCACCGAAGUCUCCGCUCACGCUGUAGACCUCCUAACCGCAUUAGUAGGCAUGCAAGGUAAAUUCUCUAUGGAAGACUUCGACAACCUACGUUUGAAAGCCGUAGUAUCACUUCUCGUCACCCUCCCGUUAAUUUCAGGCCCUUGGACUUCCCAACGAAUCUUCGAGGGUGAUUACUCCCUCGCCGAACGGUGCGUAAUGCUCAGUGGGAUAGGUAUAGCAGCAAUGGAACUAUCAGGUGAAGAAAUCCCCGAAGAUUCACCACUAUAUCGCCUCCAACUCUCCACCUCAGAGAAGGAAAAAACACAAUUCCCAUCAAAGAAGCUUCCAAAACGUCUUCACGACACCUACGCACCACUAGAUACAGCGAUAGACACAAUAUCAACCCGUCUAAAGGAUAGCAUCCUACAACCCAUCGCCGCAAAAGCCGCAGAUGAACUCUCAACAGCACCAAGUCUCAUAAAAAUCCGCAAAUUCUCAACAAGAAUGGAAGUAGAAGCCAACCGUAAAAAGCCUGGUGUUAAUAAACUUUCCCAGGUGGUCAUACCUGCGUUUUUUGGUCCGCUUACCGGUAGAUGGUGGGUGUUCGUCAAAGACCACGGUGGUGCUGGUUCGGAUAGGUUGAUACCGCAUCUACUCGGCUUAUAUAUAAAGACCUUGACAGUAUUAUUGCACGCUACGGGGCCAAAUGGGUUGAUGGUUCCGCAGAUGGUAGACGGGUUUUGGGAUAUACUCCUUAGUCUACGGCACGCCAAAAUUACGCUAGAGAAUUCAACGGUCCUGGAUGCGGUGUUAAUUGGCUUACUGACGAUAUUCGAGGUUUGUAAGGAAGAUAGGGAUCGAAAGCGGUUGGCAGAGGAGAGAAGUAAAGAAUUGGUGGAGACGCAGGAGUGGGUGAGUAAAGUCUUUGAAGGGAGCGACGGGUCUGAGGGGAAUGGUGAGGAAAGGAAAGGUCUUGCCGCUGCGGUGCUCUUGAGGUGUAGAGAAGUUGUGGAGCGGUAUGAGAGAAUACUCAUGGGUGAUUUGAUCGGAUAA